AUGUUGAUAAGAAAUAACGCCAAGGAGAUUAUCAAAAACUGGGAGAAUCUAGCAUACCAGGCAUUUGAGUCCACACGGUCAUACAACCAUAAAUUCAAUAGGACAUUGCAGGCUUUCCAGACGAUAGUCGACCAGCAGGAUAACCGAAAGGUGAUGAUCGGGUCAGUAAGGUUCAGUACGAGCGACCUUGGCAAGUUGGUUAGAUGCUUGGUUCGGGAGUACCAUACCACGGUUCGAAACUUGCUACCGGACGGGAUGUUGAUGGUGGACGAGCUAUACGAGGAGUUUCGAAAACAUGCCAAAGAUAUGUUCAGCUGCAUGGAUUUAGGAUAUAGUGUUUUCUACGGAACGAACGAACUCAACAAGCUUUCGUAUCAGCAGCGACGCACGUACGAGGAAGCUGUCGGCGAUAAAUGGAAGAAUCAAAAGUAUAUGAGAAGCAUGUUUGACCAGUUUACCAGGCUCAACUUGAACCUCUUUGUGUGCAUCUUGAUCACCUGUGGCAGUCCAUUUCGGGUGACGGAGUUGCUCACGUUGACGUUUGCCAACCCGACGGAUUUGGUGCGUACGAUGUAUUAUUCCAACGGGCAUAUUCAGAUUAACCUUCUCUACAAUAAGAAUACACAUAGCAGCAUGCGAUAUUCGAACCAUACCAAGAUGUUGCCCAUUGAGGUUUCCAAAAUAGUCAUCCAUUACGUGUCAAUUAUCAAAUAUUUGGAGGUUGCAAUCGUGGAAGAGCACGGGUGGGCCAAGUCCAAAAGCGAUAUGAGCGUGGCAGACGAUUGGGAAGACGACGCUGAGUUUGACGAGCUGGACGGAAAUGAUCUGGAAGAUGAGGCUAGCUUGUUAGCGUCCAAGGCGCUUUCCAAGAGGGAUGAAAUAAAGACGCUCUUGUUCAUGUAUAAGCUCGGACCGAGAAACGGGGGCCAGGUGUUCAAGUAUUUGGAGCUGGUGAGUGAAAAGUAUAUCAGGGAGAAGUAUACGCCCAGAAUUUUACGGCAGGCAUUAGUCUAUUUUACGCGGACGCUCUUGGGAGAAGCAAAGCAUCAAGGAGUGGGGAUUCUCAAUCGAAUUGAUUCCAUUGCAGGUCAUAGGUCAGAGACCGCCGAUUUGCAGUACGGAGUUACGCAUAGCAAUAUGUAUCUUCCCAGCGCGGCCAGAAAUAAUAUCGAUAUCCAGAUCUCGUUUGCAUGGCAUAAAAUCUUGGAGUUGGAAGAGAAGGAGGUGAAGGAUGAGCCGGCGCCCAGCAAUAGGCAGGAGUUGAAGAAGCUUCUUUCGAUGGUUGAUGUGGGCAAAGAAGAAAUAGAAGAAGUUGGGAGAAGGCUAUAUGGCAAUUUCAAGUUUGGGUCCAUGGGCCAGGUGCAUACGGUGUAUGACGCAUUUCAUAGUGUCAAGGAUCUUAUGGUGAUCAGUCCGACGGGAUCGGGUAAGAGCAAUGCAUAUAAGAUGCCAAUUUUGAUGGAGAAGAAGUUGCGGCUUCCGUUUGUCAGUUUUAUCAUCUGUCCGUUCAUCAGUUUGCUUGAAGACGUAAAAGUGAAGUUGAAGGAGCUCGGAGAGCUAGAGGUGGAGAUAUUCGAUAGCGAUAUGGCUCAUGAAUAUUAUAGCAAUUGUGAUAUAAUUGUGCUUCAGUUGGAAAAGGUGCUGGAUGCAGCCGGGCUAGUCCGAUAUUUUGAGUCGGGAUCGGUCUUUCGAAGAGUACGGCGGCUAAUAAUGGAUGAGGCUCAUGCAUUGAUUGAGCAUCGGGAGUUUCGAGGCCAGUCUGUUUCGCGAGUGCGCGAUGUAUUUGGGGAGAGUAUUCCCAAGCUUUUUCUAACGGCGACGUUUCCCAAGGCCAUGGAAAGGGAAUUAUGCCCGAUGUUUGGUAUAUCGGAUAGGCGCGUGCAUCGUGAAGAUACGAUCAGAAAGAAUAUCGAGCAUGUUGUCGUACGGGAGCAUGUAGAUGUCAAGAGGGCGUUGCGCACGAUAUAUGCAAAGGAAAUAAGGCCUCGAAGAACGAAGGGUAUUGUGUUUGUCUAUCUGCGGGAGAUGGCGAAGGAUCUUGGUGAACGUCUAAGGUGGAUGGUAUUUCACGGGCAUAUGGUUCCCGAGGAAAAAGCAAAGGCAUAUAAGGAAUUUGCAGAUACGGAGAGUGCUAUGAUGGUUGCGACGUCGGCAUUCAGCCAUGGCGUGGAUGUUGAGGGCAUUAGCCAUGUAAUAGCCAUCGGCAGUGUUCCCAAUCGUGCUGGAUCAGAAGCCGGAUUCUCCGAGAGGCUGGAUGUACAACCAUUGAUUAUUAAAAAAAAAAAAAAUCGUAUGAAGUGA